UUUUCGAACCGCAUUGUACUCUGGGAAUUUUUAGUUCGAACUAUUAUGUUCCGCUCAUGCUGAUUAUAGAGCUUUUUUUAUUAGAUAUAUAAUAAAGAUAAAUAUAUUUUCCUACGACUGGUCACUGGAUGAAUGCAGCCGUCAUUUUAAACCGGUUUGAUCGUUUUAGUUAUUAAGCGCAGUUGACUGAGACUCGACUGGACUGUUGUUGUAUUUGUGUCACUCCAGUAUGACUUCAGCUUCCACAAAGGUGGGCGAGAUCUUCUCGGCUGCAGGCGCUGCUUUCUCUAAACUGGGUGAACUGACCAUGCAGCUGCAUCCAGUGGCAGACUCCUCUCCUGCAGGAGCCAAAUGGACCGACACGGAGAUCGAGAUGCUGCGUUCUGCGGUUCGCCGCUUCGGUGAAGAUUUGAACAGCAUCAGCUCAGUCAUAAAAGAGCGGACAGUUGCCCAGAUUAAGACCACAGUGAAAAGGAAGCUGUAUGAGGACAGCAGGGUACCUCUCACUGCAGAGUCGCCUAAAAAAACCAUGAAGAAAAUCACAGUGACGCUACCGCCGCCUCCUGCAUCAGUCGCCCCCACUGUUAUCGCUGUGCCGACCUCGCAGGUUGUUGUGACAACUGGAUUGCAGAGUUCUUCAUCUUUACAACCAGCAAUAAAGAACCCUAAACCAGCAGAUGUGACUCUGAGUGCUCUGAAUGACUCUGAUGUGAACAGUGAUUUGGUGGAUAUCAUGGGGCUUGGAGAGGGUUCCACUAAAAAACCAAACUUUGACCAAGAGAGCUUGAAUCUGGACUCCAGUCUUAUAAUGAACUCCAGUGAUCUGCCUCUGCUGUCCCGCUGAUCUUCACUUGUCAGUCGAAGUGAUAUUCAGGUGCAACGUGGGGAGCAAAGAUGACCAAGCUUGAUCAUUGCUGUACACCUCUACCACCUUUUCUGCUGUGGCUUCAAACAGCACCAGAUCUGUACUACAUCGCCAACCAUUCUCUACCCACGUCAGUGAAGAUGAAAUAUUACUCCAUGAAAAAUAACUGCAUCCUUAGCUCUUAUUAUGCAGCAAAAAUAGAUAAUGGAAUUAUGUUUUUAGUGGUUCAUGUUGUGUGAUCUGAUCUGCCCACAGCUGAAAAGGGGUUUACAGGACAGUGGUCAAACUACUUGUAAAAAUCCUUCCUUUUUUAAUUAUUAGGCCCUUUUGGCUGAAGUAAAGCUUUGUGAAGUGAAGUGAGAUGCUGCUUGUAAUGAAACAACAGCAAAAAUAGUUUCAGGAAAAUUUUACCAUUUUCUUUCACUGCCACUGUAUUAGGUGCAGCUUCUAUUCUGUGUAUAUAUAUAUAUUUUUUUUUAUCAUUACAGAACAAUUAAACGGGUCAUUUCAACAGCAAACAUAAGACAUGCCUGCUUAAAUUUUAUAUGAACAAAUCAUCCUGUCAUACAAUUUCUUGGCUCGGCAUAAAAAGACAGCAUACAAAUCAAUAAAAUGAGUUUUUAUUAUGAUCUUUUUCAUAAGAAUAUAUGGUAUAAUAUACAUUUUAUGGUAAAUGAGAUUUCUUCUCUGAUAAAUGGACAUUCAUCAUGGGCGACUGAGAGGGAAUAAAUGUACUUUUGCUACCAAUAUGUCAAAAAAUAUCCAUCUUUCACUUAAUUUUUCUGGCUUCCAGAAUAUAUUUACAACUUGAACGAAAUCUAUUGGCUUUGGCAUUUCUUUACAAUGUUUUUCGUGCGGUCACACAAUCCAUUUAGUUUCUUCACAACACCAUUCAAUCAUUUAAGGAGAACAAAGAAAGGACAAAUCGUGUUUCUCUCUCUCUGACAAACAGAUACAACAGAACCUGUCAUAGUAAGUGUAUGGCAAAUCUGAAAAAUAAAUGACAUGGUACUUAUGCUACAAAUGAUUCAGAACAAACAGCUGUCAAGUCUUCCAUUCAGGUUCUUGAUACAUACCUGGAACUGAUUAUCCCUAUGAACUUGACAUACUAAUUCCAGCAACUUUAAUGCAUAUUGCACAUUUGUAAUCACUUUUAAAGACCCAUAAACAUUGGUAUCAAACUUUGAAAUCUCAAGGACCCCAACAACUGGAAAUUGCAAAUGACAGUGCAAGUAACUUUGGAAUUAAAACUAAAGCUGUAAGGCAUUAUCACUGAAUUAAAAACUAAAUGAGUAAAAAUAAAAGGCAAUGACAUUAUAUCGAAGAAUGAGCUGUAUUCCUCCAGAUAUAUGAAUAUGGAAACAGAGGAACGGCUUCAAAUGUCUGAUGUGCAACUUUAGAGACCAACAAGCUGCCGGUGUCCAUACAAUAAAGACUUUAGGAAUCAAGAAUUAUGACAAUGAAGUACAUACUGCUACCAGAGCCUUUACACAUUCAUAAAUAAUGUAACAUGCACCACAGUCAACAUCGUUUGCAUAAUGCUGUGAAGUAUCAUGGUAGAUUUGCUUUAGAAGGGCUUCCAGUUCAAUUAACUGCAGCGUGUCACUUUUUGGAUAAUACAUAUUCUUAAUAAAAUCCAUCCAGCUCAAACACCACAAUUAAAGCCACAAUCCAGAACUGCUGCUUUUACAGAAAAAUCUGAUCGACUUCAAAGAUCUGAAAAUAUUUCCCAAGUGAAAGGAUUCAAACAUUACAAAACAAGACCCAUUACAAUAAAAGUAAAUAUGAUCCCACUCAUGUAACAGCAACAUUGAUAUCUAACACUGUGCAAACAGUACAAGAGGAAGAGUAUGAUAUCCACUGAAACCGUGAGUGUAUCCAUGUAGAAACGUGCUUUGUAAUGCAACAGCUCAUCCCUUGCAAGUAUCUUAAGUCCUCAAUUUCUGUACACAAUUCACAACGUUUAGGAGGGAAAAACAGUUUGACUAAUGAUUUUGACACUAUGUCGUUACUAGGCUCUAGGUCAGUUUUCGAUGUGGACUUUUAACUGAAAGUGCUUAGCGUAUACAACAACAACAACGGAUUGUAGACGCGAAGUGAGACAUCUAGUCUUUACAGUACAUGUUUUACAGGAAUAGUUCAACCAAAAAUUAAGAUUUGCUGAUCAUUUUUUCUCAC